GAAUCAAAAUAUCGUGGCUUGUGACACUGUGCCUAACAUUCUUAUUACCCGCACCAGGUCCUGCUAGUUGUUGUGUCUAUUUGCCUGUAGCAAUUCUGUCCUCCAGAGUCUGAAGAAAUGGCGGCGACCAUGAGCAUUUCCGCUGCGGGAGUGGCCACGGGACUGGGUGCCAAUGUGGAGCUCAAGAGCAAUGUCGGGUCCAGCUCGAGCUCGGUGGCGGGGGUCCGCCUGUUCACCUCGCGCAAGGCGCAGCUCAGGCGCUGUGCCGCGCCGGCCACCAGCGCGUCGCUGUACUCCGAUGCCAAUUACGACCUGAACAACUACAAGUUCGCCCCCAUCAAGGAGUCCAUUGUGGCCCGCGAGAUGACCCGGCGCUACAUGACCGACAUGAUCACCCACGCCGACACCGACGUGGUGGUGGUGGGUGCUGGGUCCGCGGGGCUGUCGUGCGCGUACGAGCUGUCCAAGAACCCCAACGUGAAGGUGGCCAUCGUGGAGCAGUCGGUGUCGCCUGGAGGAGGCGCGUGGUUAGGCGGGCAAUUGUUCUCGGCCAUGAUCGUACGCAAGCCGGCGCACCGGUUCCUGGACGAGAUCGAGGUGCCGUACGAGGAGAUGGAGAACUACGUGGUGAUCAAGCACGCGGCGCUGUUCACGUCCACGAUCAUGAGCAAGCUGCUGGCGCGGCCGAACGUGAAGCUGUUCAACGCGGUGGCGGCGGAGGAUCUGAUUAUCCGGGGCGACCGGGUGUCGGGCGUGGUGACGAACUGGGCGCUGGUGGCGCAGAACCACAACACACAGUCGUGCAUGGACCCGAACGUGAUGGAGGCGAAGGUGGUGGUGUCGUCGUGCGGGCACGACGGGCCAUUCGGGGCGACCGGGGUGAAGCGGCUGCGGAGCAUCGGGAUGAUCGAGAGCGUGCCGGGGAUGAAGUGCCUGGACAUGAACGCGGCGGAGGACGCGAUUGUGAAGCACACGCGGGAGGUGGUGCCAGGGAUGAUCGUGACGGGCAUGGAGGUGGCGGAGAUCGACGGGUCGCCGAGAAUGGGACCCACAUUCGGAGCGAUGAUGAUAUCCGGGCAGAAGGCGGCACACUUGGCGCUGAGGGCGUUGGGGCUACCCAACGAGGUGGACGGGAACUACAAGCCCAAUGUGCACCCAGAGCUGGUAUUGGCGUCCACCGACGACAUGACGGCAUCCGCUUAGAAUUCAGCUAAUCCGUGGAACCUUGGGUUCGAUGGGAAGUUGAGUCUGUUUUGAUAAGAUGUGUGAUGUGUAAGCAGUUAGUAACGAGGGUCAUCCAUGAUGGGUGGCGAAGUUGAUUAGGAUUAGGUUUGUAUAGGGGGGAGGCGGAUCCGGGUAAACAUGGAGUGUUGCCGUUUCGGUUUCUCGAAAGAUGUGCUCGAAGAAUGGUGUGUUUGUUCUGUGUUCAAUGGAAUGAGCAAUAAAAUGGACAAUCGCUUGUUGGCAAUCGUAAGCUGCAAUCGCUUAUUGUCGCCGGGUCAGCAAGCUGACUUUCGUAUA